CAGCCAGCACCCUCCUCCACCACCCGUUCCGAAGCGGUCAGAGUCCAGAGAUCUGAGCAGUCAGAGUGAGGGCAGCCUACUGGGUAGGCAUUUCCUUUCAGCUCUGCCCUGGCGCUGCACUACCCCACGGAGAAGAUGAAGGUCUCCUUGGCCUGCCUCCUCCUCCUCCUCGCCAUCCUCAGCACAGCAUCUGCUUUCUACAACCGGCCGAGAAUGCCUGAGUCGAUAAAACCUCUACCCAACUGCUGCCAUAAGUACUAUGAGAAGGUACUGCCAAAGAAACGGGUGGCGGGAUACAAAGAGGCCCUCAGCUGCCACCUGCCAGGAAUCAUCUUUGUCACCAAGAAGAACCUAGAAGUCUGUGCCAACCCUAAUGAGGAAUGGGUCAAAGAGUACAUCAAGGACCCCAAAAUACCUUUGAUGCCUCACAAGAAUUUAGCCUAGUCUGCGGUUACCAGAGCUCAACAACAGCGACCUGACUCCAACAGAACUCAACAUUCCUCCCAAAAUGCUGUUGUGCGGGCAAACAAAACAAAUCAGCUAAAGUUAAACGAUUAAGAAACAAAUAAUGCGGUGAAGCAAUGAUUCUAAGAACUGACCAAGAAACUGAAAUCUGCUAAAGAAAAACUCAUAACUGCUUCGAAGGGGUGGUGCUGGAAGACUCGGCCACGCCUCCUAGGUCAAGCUCAUCCACCUGACCCAGCUGGCCAAUCAGACUCUCCCAGAAAGAAUGGAAAUUCAGAGGCUGGGAGCACUGAGCGGUUUCUGGAGACAUCCUACAGGAAGAGUCUAAUAGUGCUUCUCAACCUUCCUCAUGCUGCAACCUUUACCCCAAUUCCUCAUAUUAUGGUGACCACCAAUCAUAAAAUUAUUUCAUUGCUACUUCAUAACUGUAAUUUUGCUACUGUUAUGAAUCAUAAUGUAAAUAUCUGAUAUGCAGGCUAUCUGAUUUUUUGGACCCCCAGGUUGAGAACCACUGGCCUAUGAGCCACCUGGCUCACAUACCCUCCCCCCCCCUGCCCCUUUUUUAAAUACUACUCAUAGUUCAUCAGUGAAUCUUAGUUUCUAUCAUUUGUAGCAAAAGCAUCUUAGUGUGUAUAACGGCCCAUCAGUUACCACUAUACCCAGGUGGGGACACAGAG